UCCGAAGACCACAUCAUGUCGGGUUUCAGCUUCACUGGCGGGCCCUCUCGCUGCAACCCGUACUGGCAAGAAUUUGCCAAGUGCUAUUCCAAAGUAUCCCACCCAUCUCAAUGUGCAAACCAACGCGACGACUACUUAGAGUGCCUACACCACAAGAAGGAGAAAGCGCGUUUAGCUGCAAUACAAACCGAGCUACAGAACAGAACUUUGGAGGAUCUACAAGAGUAUAAGAAGAAGCUGGACGCGCAAGUGGAAGGGGUGCCAGUAAGGGUCGGCUUAAUACCACCAACGGACGAGGCCAAAUAG